ACGUUUUCUUGUCGUCAAACGGUUUGCCACGAAAACGCACAUCAAUCUCAUGGCAAUACGUUUACAACGAGCAUAUCGUAAAGCCAUGGCGAUUGCUCUGUUGAAAGCUAAGAUCGAUAGCGUGGUGAUAGUACAGCGAUGGUGGCGAGCUAAACUCCAGAGGAAAUUCUAUCUACGAACUCUGCAUUUCAUUCGUCUUCUCCAAAAGAAAUGGCGCACACGACUUACCAUAAUGCACCAGUCAGCGACAAGAAUUCAGGCAGUUGUGAGAUGUUUUUUAGCUCGAAGGUUUGCUCGAAAAAAUAUGAAAGCAAUCAUCAAUAUACAGAGAACGUGGCGAGGUUACAACGUUCGAAAGCGCUUCAACUCGAAGAAGUUUAGAAAACUAAGAGAGCGAAUUAUUGUGGCUAAUUCCAACGUCACCGAGUCCAUGAAGCUUUGCAAUCGUACUCGUUCUGCACUCGACUAUUUACUAAAUUGUAAGAAUUUAACAACGGUCCGUGAAGCUCUGGUUAAUCUUGAGGUCGCAACAAGAUGGACAUUCAAGUGUUCACAACAACUGGUUGCGAAUAACGCUCUCCGUGUUAUUUUUCAAAUUAUCCGAGACUCAAAUAGGAGUCUACCUCACAUAGGAUUGAUCAAACUGGCGUUAGAUAUUUUCACCAAUGUGUCCAAGUGUCCAGCCACCCAGGAUGCCGUGGUUUUAAAAGAAGAAAAUGCAUUGGAAACCAUACUUGAACUCGCGUGUAUUUUUCGCGAGAAAAAGGAAAUUUUCCUCAGCGUUGCAAAGCUACUUACAAUUUUAUGUACUCACGAAAACGUAAGAAAGAAAUUACUGAAAACAGAAAACGCUGCAAAGAAGAUAUCUUCCAUUUACUCCAUCACAAAAAGGAAGUUUGAAAUCGAGAUGAAACGGAACACGAAGAUGAAACAACAAAAUGACAAGGGCGGACGAUACAAGACUGAUAACAUUUAUGGUGAUGCCUUAACAGCCGUGAUCACUCUUAUGAAAACGAUUGGUUUAGAUUAUCCCGUAUAGAAAGGUUUAGAUUAUCCCGUAUAAAUAGGUUUAUGAUAUUGUUAGUGCAAUAAAAAAUCGCAUUGAUAUUUUGUAGUCA